AUGAAUUUGGAAUCGCGACUUCUUGACGGGAAACCAGCUGGAUACUGUAGCAGCUCGGAAGGAGAAGAAGACGAUUUCAAAGUGGUGAACGACGAGGACGAACAUCAGGCAAACGUGAUGAGACGGAUGGGACCGACGGCGAACACGGGCGCCAAAGGAGUGCUAAACGAGUUCAAGCAGUUCAGAGAGCAAACCAGAUUGUGAGUUAGAAAAAUACGAAAAUAGGAAGAUGACAGAAACGAAUUAUAGAGCUGUCGAAUCGAAGAAUCAGAAGUUGAUUGAGCAAGCAAAGCGUGGAAUGUUAAUGGGAACGAAGGCCGAACGGGAAGCCGCGCAGAGGGAAGCGGAGGAGGACGAAGACUUCGAAAUGACGCUGGAAGGACUGAAAGCGAAGCGACUGAGGGAAAUGCGGAAGAUCGCCACUAGCAGACUAAUCGAAAUGACCGAAAAGAAGCAAUACUCGGAUGCGAUCGAUGGCAGCACCUCCUAUCUUUUGUGCGUUCUCAUUUACGAACCCAACUCCGAUGAGUGCGGUCACGCGACUCGCGUCCUCAAGAUUCUGGCCGCAGAUCAUCCGAAGACGAAGUUCGUUCGGGCAACGAGCACUCUUUUGGAAAUGAGCCGAGCAUUCGUAAGUCAAGAAAAGAAAGGGAAAGGGAGCAAAAGGUUGAAUGGUUCAGAGAACGGACGGCGUGCCGACCCUUCAGUUCUAUUCGAAUGGGCAUCUCAUCGGGAACUUCGUGAAGCUCUCCUCAGUUCUCGGCCACGAUUACGACGAGAAGAGACUGACAAAAUUUCUGAGAAGGUACUGUCGAUUGAGUAAUCAUCAGAUUCAUCAUCUCCGUUUCAGUCAGCACAUAGACUUGAUCUCCGGAGGAUACGCAUCGGACUCGAAUGACGAAUCUGAAGACGAUGAUUGA